AUGGCACUCUUUUUUAUCAAAGAAUUACAGAGCACGGAAAUAAGUCAUAAUGACUUGGAGUGGGAUCGUGACGAUCCAACUUCACUUCUUGGGAAUGGAGCAUUCGCCUCAGUUUAUCGAGGAACAUUCAGGUUACCAGGACAGAGCGAACCAACACAGGUAGCUGUGAAAUUGUGGAUUAGAGAACUAAACGAAUCCACCGCAAUUGGCUUCUUUUUUAAGGCAGAAACAUUAAGGAAGCUUGACUUUCCCUUCAUUGUCAAGUUCUUUGGGAGAGCAUUGCUGAAGGAAGUCGAUCGAUUGCGGGUGAUCGACGUUUUGGAAUUUUGCGAGGAAAACUUGAUGAAUCACAUUUUUCAGAAUCCUAAAACUAUUCCUGGAUUUUCAGGAAUAACCUCUGCCAAGAAAAAUGUACUGUGCUGGGUAAAGGACAUAGCUGCUGCCAUAGAAUUCGUACACAACCAGGGUAUUGUUCACCGCGGACUAAAGCUGGAGAAAAUUUUGCUUUCGCACAGAAAUGCCGUAAACGUCUCUGGUUUUCGCCUUUCUGAAGAGGCUAAGAUCAUUGCAGACAAGAUAACGGGGACUGAUGUCUACCUUGCCCCGGAAGUGAUCCGUUACAAAGAAUACGAUAACAAGGCUGACAUAUACAGUUUUGGUAUAACUUUGGGAGAUGUGGUAUGGUAA